UAUCAAGUAAGCAUAUCCUUUGCCAUCGUUUCUCUCCAUUCAGUCACUGAUCAGUACUACUCUGCCCUCAAUAUGUUGUUCACUUUGUGUGUGCUCUCUCCACCAUUUCCAUCCAUCUCUCCCGCUUCUCUUUCUCCAUGGCUCAAUCUCCUCCUCCCGCACUUAGUCCGUCCUCGAGCACUAGCUGUCACGGCUCUCACGACGAACCGGCCGCUGCCGACACCUCUAUGGAUUUCAAUCUUAUGCUCAUUGUUGCAGCCAUUUUGUGUGCCUUUGUUUGUGCUCUCGGCCUUCACUCCAUGCUACACUGCGUGCUUCGAUGCGCCAAUCGUGCCGUCACUGCAGGUUCGGUCCGAUCGGCUGCUUUUCGUCCGCUAGAUUCGGGGUUAAAGAAGAAAGAAAUGGUGGCUUUGCCAACUUCAACUUAUGCCAACUCAGGCUCUCCAUCGUCAGCCUCAGGGUGUGCAAUUUGCCUGGUUGACUUCUCUGACGGAGACAAGAUAAGGAUCCUGCCGGAGUGCAACCACCGGUUUCAUGUCGCAUGCAUUGAUGUGUGGCUGCUCUCUCACUCUUCUUGCCCUACUUGCCGGCAUCGGCUUAAAUCCAGUGACUACUACUGCUGCCACUGCCAGUCCUCUUUGGAUUUUGUCACGGCCUAGUGAACUUAUAUAUUACCGUUAAUUAGUAGUUAAAUAUUUGUCUUAUUUCUCUCUUUUUUGUCAACUUCAUAAAGAUUGUCUCGGCAUCGUGUACUACCUAGGAUCAUGGCGUGAGUGUUGUUGCCAUGUUUCUUUUAUCCUAUAUAUAUUUUAUCUAUGGAA